ACAUGUUUUUGAGAUGUCGUAAAUUUUGACCCAUUACAAUACUUUCCCCUUUCACACUAUAUGUGUGCGGAAAAGUAAAAGAAUACGAAGUAUAUGCAGCGUUGCAUGCAGUGGAUGAGCCAUCAGUUGAAUUGUACGGCAUUCCAAAUGUGUAUCAUUAUGGUACUUGGGGUGAUGCUUAUAUCAUGAUGGGCAUUACAUUACUCGACCAGGACUUCGAUCAGGAUUAUUACUUUGGUCAGCUAAAUACAGUCGAUAAUCUGAUUCUGUGCAAAGAAUUCGUGCGAAUAUCAAAAUACAUACACAGCUAUGGCAUUCAGCACAAGGACAUCGCAAGUCGUAAUAUAAUGUUCCGUAGAAACAAUGGCUUCAUCAUUGAUUUUAAUCGGGCUGAAAAGAUGUACAACAAACCAAAAAUAGACUCCUCAGCCAGACAGGCUGGUAUACAAUUCGCAAAAAAUGAUUGGAUAUCUUUCCUUCAGUUCAUGGAAAAUCGAAACGAAAGAAAUGAUAAUUUAUCGAGAGUUCUUGCGGAAAUGAGAAAUCAUAUCUAUGAUGAAUCGAAAGUAAACGAAAUUAUUUUCGGUGUGAAUUUAAUUGCAAUAGAGUAAACGAACUAUCGAUUCAUUUUUAUAGAUAAAAAAUCAUCUUAUGAUCAAAUAUACGAAAUGAUUGAAAAAGAAAUGAAUGCAUAUGGAAUGGGACAACCAACCCUGUGCCAUUGGUUAUACGGAACAGAAAAUGAAGCUGUAGCAAGACGGGAAUUUAAGGUGAAUCUAACAGUGCCCAUUUCAUCUAUAGCAAAUCCUUUUAAAUUAACUAGGAUUCAAUAUUCAGAAGUGGAUUUCAAGCACUUUAAUAAAAAGAUUUCACAGCUGAAAAAACAAGGACUUUUGCCAUCCAGAUCAAGAUUAUGAUCGGAUGAAAAAAAAAUGAAUUAAAAUUUAUGA